AGGUCUAAGCUGAACAAUGGCAAGAACCGAUACAGGACUAGGUGUUUGUUUUUAUAUGUCAUUUGAAACUGCUCAAAAUAUCUUGACCUGUGUCUCUGAAGAGACUGCUGAGCAUAAUCUGAAACUUUCAGAUGCUGGUAAACGAAACCACAGGAACAAGUGACAUAAAUGUAGUUUCCUCUUCUGUUUUUUUAUGUAAGGUAUCUACAACUUUCUUUUUGUUCUUUCCUGAGAGGUGGGUGUCUUCACAAAGAUGGAGCUACACAUUGUCUUUACAGCUACAGUCCUAUUCAUACUGACAUUAACCUGCAGAUCAGAACUCAGAAAUGGAUCAGAGCCUUCAAAUUACACCAACGAUAGUGCCACUCCAUACCCCAAUGCAAACGACAGCAGCAGUAUAAAUGCAACAAAUGUACAAGAACAAGAAAACUGCUCAAAUGUAUCUGGAUGUGACAGCCUGAAUACAAGUCGCAUCAACAAUACAAACUUAAGUGGUCCAAUACAGAACACAUCAUCAAGUAGUUGUAGAGGAUGUACUCAAGAUAAAAAAGAAAGAAAUUUGAACUGCACGGAUGCAGGAAGUAUAUCAGGGACCACCAACAAAUCCAUGGAAAAUUGCUCAGAUCCAUCUGCUAGUGACAGCUUGAACACAAGUCACGUCAACAAAACAGACUUAAAUGGUCCAGCAAAGAACAAAGAAAGAAAAAAGAAUCAAGCAAAAUGCCCAAAGCCAACUGCUAGCAGCAGCUGGAACACAAGUCACUACAACAAUACAGACUUCAAUGUUCCAACGCAGAUUACACCAUUAAGUAGCUGCAGAAGUGGAAGUCAAAGUAAACAAGAAAAUUGCACAAAUUCAGGAAGAGGUUCACAGACCACCGAAAAAUGCAUGGAGCCUGAAAUAUUUUUAGAAUCUAAUCUAACUGGAUACCACAAUUUAAGUCUGGUAUGGAUCGUUCAAUACAAUUGCACUGCCAAUUACAGUCUUGAAGCCACAGGCCUGUUGAUACAAAGUUAUGCAGAACAAUGUCCCAACCAGAUAUGCGUCUCUUAUGAGAAGAAGGAAAACCGAACAGAAGUACUUUUUGAGUGUUUGACACCUUCUUCUUUUUAUGAACUGACAUUCGAUGCAACAUUUUCCUUCCAAUCCUCCCAACAGAAGAUUGUGUCAAAAAAGAUUUCUUUGAACACUACUGAAAAAGUGACAGCUGAAGGUCCAGUGAAUUUAACUGUAAAUACAACAAAUGGUGUAGUCAUUUGGAAUCAUGUUCCUUACUGCUAUGGUGGCCUUCUUGGAUAUGAGCUCACAUUAUUUGGUGAAAGAAUUUAUAAUACAAGCUUUAAUGAAAAGCAACACAUCAGCAGUCUUUCAAAUGAAACCAAAUACCAACUUCAACCUCUGAAGAACGGAACAAAUUACACAUUGCAAAUAUGUGGGCGUACAUUACUGGGUUUGGAAAAAUGUUCAAACAUGUCAUUUGAAACAAAUAUAAGUGAACCCGAGAGUCCUCUGAUACAUGGAUUUCCCUCUUAUAACAUCUCAUCUGGCACUGCACUGGUCUAUUGGAGUCCUGUCUCAGACAUCAAUGGUCCAAUCAUCUCUUAUCAAAUUAUAAUAAAGGACAUGACACAUAGCAAAGAAAUUGACUUAACAGCCAUUUGUAUGGAAAAAGAAUUACCAGUCUUCAACACAUCUAGGCACAAUGAGUUUUACAUUGCGGCCGAAAUAUCUGCUGAGAGUAUGACGGACUACUGUCAGUUUGUAAUUGGAGAUGCAACGAUGCACCUGUUGUACCAUAAUGCUCAGCUGAGGAGUGGAAGGAAUUACUCUGUCAUUGUACGAGCCAUCAGUUCCUGGAGGACAGUGACAAAGUACUCCUGCAGUGUCUCUGGACCUUUUUAUGCAUUUUCUGAGGCCCCUGAAGACAAGAAGCUCUUUUGGAAAUUAUCUAUGGUCUACCUUCUUGUGAUAAUUCCAUUUAUGAUCAUCGCUGUUUUCAUUAUCUGCAAAAUCUCCAAAAGGCGUCACAGUAAAAUGGAUGAAGAGGGAACCAUUACUUUAUCCGAGAAAGGUUCAGCAAUCCCUGUUAAGGACCUGCUAGCACACAUCAUCAACAUGAAGAAGAUGUGGUAUGAGGAGCGCAAUAACUAUGGGGAUGACAAUGAAGACAAUGAUGGGGACAGCGCAUGGGUAGCUAAGGAAUAUACUGAGAUUCCAAUUAAAUACUCCUUUCCCUGCAGUGUGGCAGUCAAAGAGGCCAACAGUAAAAAAAACAGAUACGCCAAAAUUGUACCUUAUGAUUAUUCUCGGGUCAUAUUACAUCAGCCUCCUGGCAAAGAAGAGAAUGACUACAUCAAUGCAAGUUACAUUCAGGGAUUCAAUAAAUCAAGAUGCUACAUUGCUACACAAGGGCCACUUGAAUCAACCAUUGAAGACUUCUGGAGUAUGGUUUGGCAGGAGAAUUCUGAAAUGAUCAUCAUGCUUACAAAUCUCACAGAAAAUCAAACGGUUAAAUGUGCCAAGUACUGGCCUGACACAUCUGACAACUAUGGAGAUUUCACAAUCACAUUAUUAAAAACAGAGAAAACCUCAGAGGUUAUUACUCGAACAUUUGAAAUGACAAAGGAAGGUUCUUGUUUGCGAAGGACGAUAACCCACAGCCUCUAUACUGCUUGGCCUGACCACGGGGUACCUAAAACAGCCAGUGGACUGAGACAUAUAGUGCAUAAAAUUCAUACUAUUGUAAAUCCCAAAAGUGGUCCUAUCAUCGUUCAUUGCAGUGCAGGAAUUGGCCGCACCGGUACUUUAAUUGCUCUGGACUAUCUUUUAAUGAUGGCAAAAGAUGAGAAAAGGGUGGAUGUUGUCCAAUGUGUAUCCAAAAUGAGAGAGCAACGCAUGAACAUGGUGCAAACACUGGAUCAGUACAUGUUCAUCUACGAUUCACUGAUUGAAUUCCUGGAAUGUGGAGACACAAACAUUAAAAUUCAGGAUGUCCAUAACAAGGUGAAGAGUAUGGAGAAAUGUCAUCCACAAACAGGAAAAAAUGGAUUCCAACAGGAAUUUAAGGUUCUUGAUAGGAUUUCAGAUCUGUACAGAUUGCAGCCCUGCAGAAAUGCCCAGAAAGACUCCAACAGACACAAAAACAGAAAUACUGACAUCCUGCCAGGGGAUGAAGUCUUAACGCCUCUAAUGUCAGUCACAAAUAAGGACGGCUCGCCUGGAUAUAUUAACGCAGUCUUCGUGAACUGCUAUCAGAAAGAAGAUGGCUUUAUUCUUACACAAGUACCUCUAGAAGAAACGGUUGCUGAUUUUUGGGCUUUAGUAUAUGAUUAUCGAUGCACAGCAAUUGUGUUAAUGCAAACCAACACAAGCAUUAAAAAGAACUCAUCCAUGUUUUGGCCACAGACAGGUGAAUGCAGUUACAGCCUAUUUCAUAUUAAAAAUGCAGGAGCACAGCCCAGCACAGGCUACACCAUUACAAAGCUGGAGCUGAGCAAAUCUGCACAGAGUGACAAGCAGCAUGUAAGCAUCAUACAACUAGAAGACUGGACAGAAACUGAGGAGCUUCCACAAUCAUGCAGCACAAUAAUUAGCAUGGCGCAAGAAGUCAUCAGUUGUCAAGAAAAUCACAACAGUGGUCCCACAAUCAUUGUAUGUUGGGAUGGAUGCAGCAGAAGUGGAAUUUUCUGUGUCACCAGCUUUCUCACAAAGCAGAUGAAGGAAGAGAGCAGGCUGGAUGUUUUCCAAGCUGUAAAAAGUCUGCGGAUUCAUCGACCACAGCUAAUUAAGAAUGAACAACAGUACAGGUUCUGCUAUAAAAUGGCAACGGCAUUAUCUGAUUUCUAUGGACCCUGGGAGUAGAUGUGCUGCAAUCAAGAAGAUGGUAAAGUGUGAAAAAAACAGCCAGUGACACCAUCAGAACUUCAGGAGCAAAGUUUACCUUUCUCGAGCAUGUUUUAAGUUUUUCAAGGUGACCCAACUUUUGAAGGCUAAAAUAGCAUCUGUGCUAUGUGCAGUCAGGUAGAUUGUUAAAAAUAAAAGGGCUGCAAUGAGAGUUAAGGAUUGCACCUUGGUUAUUGUUAUUGGACACAUCUUAAUUUUCUGGUUAGACAACAAAGUGCAAACACGAAUAACCAACACAUGCCAAAUUUCACACCAGGAUUUGUAUUUUCAAGAUGCUUCCAUAUCAAUAAAUGCUAUAAUAGUACACUCGUUUACCUAAAUACAGUAUGCAUUAUGAAGAAUGCUCAGACACCUAAAAAAAGGGAGACAAAUGUGUGAAUGUUCCAAGGUAGAAGCUGCAGUGUGUUACAAAAUAGAAAACAACUUAUUUUCAUCAAGCUAUCUAUUUAUAAGAAGUUUAAAUUAUAAGAAGUUUAAGUCCUGGUAGCACCAAGUGGGGCAUUUGUCCAUCACAAGUCACAGCCAGACGCACAGCCACACCAGGUGAGUUCAGAGUGAAAUAAUCAACUUAUUCAUAUUUUUAGGAUGUGGGAGUAAGUGAGACCACUCAGAGAAAACAUGAAAACAACAUACAAAUUCCACAAAGAAAGUGUCACUGCAAAGAAAUUCUUCAGGGUCUCAACCUUCUCCAUUUCAUAUCCUGAUGUGGAGGGGCUGCCCAUGAACCCAGACUUUUUUUGGUUGCACUAAAGGAGAACUCUUUUGACCCAACAUGUGGUAGGGUUAUUAAAUUACAGGAGUGCCACUUAUUCAACUGUAGACAUAUUCUCUAGUUUUCAUUUUUGUACUUUUUGUGUAUUUGUUUUUAGUAUGGACACUGUAAUACUUUAGUUACUUAUGCCAGUAACUUCAGCACAGUGCUACAGGCACGUCUCAGGUUACGUAGUCUCAUGAUAUGGCGAUUCUGCAGAAAGAAACAAGCACAUAAAACCACAAAACGUUUCUUUUUAACUGAAUUUCAAAUACAUUUUCAUCUGGCAACUUCAGUGUUUCACUUAUGAAGGGAACAAACUAGUUCUGAUGCAGAUAAAAAUGAAGCAUUCUUCACUAACAGUAGGGAAAAGUACUGCACAUUGUGGACUUUGUCACCAUUUUCAGUCAUUUUGUUUUUUGUGCACACACAUCAAAUGUAAAAGGCCAAAUGCCCAGUAAGAUCAAUCACAGUUAAGCAGCUCAGUCGGCAGUUGGCCAUUUAGUUGAGUGAUACAAACUGUCAUGUGUAAUUCCAAGUGUUCAGCAUAUGCUUCCCAGCCAUGUCAUCUCAGGGUGAACAGCUGCAGAGAUAAUGACGUGUCAUGCUUAGCAAUUCUUUCUGCAAACACAACACAUCACUGCUGAGGGAUCAAUCAUUAUUUAGUGGUGUCUCUUACUUUUGCUGACUGUGUGAACUUAUGCAUCAAAAAUGACCGGUACCUCUCAUCAAAAGUUUAAAUUGCUCAAAUUAUUUGUGUUUUGUGGUUUAAAGUAUAGUAAUAUUGCUUCAGUGUCAAUGUAUUAAUAAGUGUGAAAUGUUUAUUCCAGAAAAAACAAAUAAUAAACCAUUAUGCAUUGUUGCAGAUAUUUCCAUCAAUGGACAUUUUCAGUACAAGUUCCGACUUACAUACAAGCUCAGGGUAUGAACAUUGGCAGAAAGGGAAUUCCUUCAUGACAUACGUAAAAUAUGUUAAUAAUAUUUUGCUUAGGAUGACUCCCACUGUAUUCUGGUCUUUUUCCAGUGGCCACAGCCAGGUUAAUUAAUAGAAACAAUGUCAAUUCCAAGUUAUCUGAUAGGACCCGUUGAGACGACAUUAAUCAUACAAGCUCCACUUAAAGACAGCAGCACACACAAAAAAUGUAAAUAACAGAUUGAAAUUCAAAGGACAAACCCUGCAUUCUGUGCUAGUUAGGAGUGAAGAAAAUAGGUAGUUAUGACUCUUUAAAUAUUUAUUUUAAUCACUGAUUUAGACUUGCUAGAUGCUUGAUUCUUUGUGUUUUUUGGUUCUCGACUGUCACCUGGGUAUUUCACCUUGAUUCCGUCUACUCCUUUCUCAGCAAUUUUACUUUUAUGUCAGAUGGCCGUAGCUUUUCUUUCUUGAUCUCUUUAGUGCAGAGGAAGUGAAGGGUGCUUCUACAAAGAUUUUAGAGCAGAGCUGUUUUGCCUUCAUUCUAUUUCCUGGUCACUACAUGUAUCUCCAUCUGUCUACGAUCUGAAGAACCUCAGGCUUACUGCAUUUGUCGUUGCCAUCACAUUCACCUCCUUCCAUGCAAAUCCAGUCACCAUUUCUCACGGCCUGGAAAUUUCCUCAUAGCGAUAACCCUCUUUGAGUUACUCAUCCCCACUGAAACAACAGCAAGUCUCAAAAUUGGGACCCUCAGAUGACACAGCAGCCUUCUCUGCCUACAUACGAAUGACAGAUAGCAACCUGGAAUUUGAACCUAAAAACCACUGCAACAUGUAAUCUCAAUUUUUUUUUUGUUAAAGGUUUUCAAUAAGUUCUGUAGAGCACUGCUGCUCAAUUUAACCAUGUUGGUGUAUUACAAAAUAAACAAUAUGGGUUUCUAUAAGAACUUGCCCAAUUUGGACUUAAUUGUUGGACUGAAAUGGAUAUUCAUAAUGUGGGUAGCCACUAAAAGAGGAAAGAUCCAAAUCUGGGUAACAUUUUAUUGUAAUGUUUGAGAAAAAAUUCAAAGUAGCUCCCUCAUUUACUACUUCUUUGCAGACUAACUUACCAAAUUCAGAGUACAAAUUAUUUUGUAAUUUAUAAUUCUCAGAUGUAUAUUACAUAAAGAUAAAAAUGUAAGCGUUGACACAAAUUUUGUUUUAUACAUCAAUAAUUGUGGAAUGUUAUGUACAUUUUGUAAAUAAAAAGUUGUAAAAAUUAUAA